ACGCCAUAUGAUGAUUACAAAAUCGAGAACUGCACGUGUUUGUUGGUAAACAUGUGUUUAUAUUACGUUUUGUAGCAGAUUCCAGCGACAAGACAAACUAUUACUAUGAGUAGAAUCAUUGUAAAGAAUCUCCCGAAAGGGAUGAAAGAAGAAAAAUUUAAGAAUCUGUUCUCCGAAAGAGGAGAAAUUACCGAUGUCCAGUUGAAAUAUACUAAAGAUGGUAUAUUCCGUCGGUUUGGAUUUAUUGGGUAUAAAACGGCAACGCAGGCAAAGUCGUCAAUGAAACACUUCAAUGGAACAUUUAUAGACACAUCAAAGAUAAGUGUCCAGAUUGCCAUGAAUCUGACUGAUGAUAACUUACCCAGACCAUGGAGUAAAUACUCGCAGAGACAGAAAAUCCAGGACAAGAUAACGAAAGAAAGGGAGAAAGAAUCUGGCAAGAAAUCACAAGAUGAGAACCAACCGAAAAAAACUAAAAAGAAACUUCAAUUAUUUGAGGAGCUGGACGAAGACCCAAUCUUCCAAGAAUUUUUGGAAACACACAAAACUAGAAGUACUGUACAAGCCUGGACAAAUGAUGCCAUGGUAACGACGCAGGAUAAAAAAAGCUCUAAAGAUGAAAACAAGCAGAAAGAUGUUAAGUAUGAUGAUGACGUCCAAAGUGAUGAUGAGGAGAUUUUCGAUCCAAUUGCUGGAAAAGUUGAAGAGACAAAAAAAGAAAAAAAAUCGACUAAACCAGCAAAGGACCUUUCAGAUAUGGAUUAUUUGCGAUCCAAAAUGGUGAAGUCGGACUUAGUUCAAGAUGCAUCGGAAGAUGAUGCAGAAACAAAAGAUGAAAAAAAGCCGCCAUCUGGCAAAAAGAAAAAGAAGAAGAGGAAGAAAAAAAACAAAAGUGCUGCUGCUCGAGGAAAGAUUCCAAAAGGAGAGUUUGUUAUUGAGAUGAGAGGCAUACCUUUCUACUGUAGUGAGAAAGAAAUCAGUGAAUUCUUCGCACCAAUUGAGGUAGUGGCAAUACACAUAGUGAAAAAUAAGAAUGGUAAACAAUUAGGUUUUGCUCGUGUUGAACUGAAGAACGAAAAUGAUCUGAAAGAAGCCAUGACGCGACACAAAGACUACAUGAGGGGGCGGUGUAUAGAAAUUGCACUCUAUGAGGCCGUAGAUGAUUUUGAUCCCAGUAAAGUAAAAACUGGAGAUGAUAAACCAUGGAUGAAAAAGGUGGCUGAAAAUGCAGAUGAAAAUCAAGAUGAAAGAAUAGCAGAGACCGGCAGGCUCUUUGUCAGAAAUCUGGCCUAUGUGUGCGUAGAAGAUGACUUGGAAAAAUUAUUUACAAAAUUUGGUAAGUCCCCUGACUGAGUGUAUUUACCGAUUGAUUCGUUGACAAAAAAAGUAAAAGGCUUCGCUUUCAUCACGUAUAUGAUGCCGGAACACGCUGUUAAGGCUUACACGAAUCUAGAUGGAACGGUAUUCCAAGGCAGGAUGCUGCAUAUUUUACCUGCAAAGGAGAAGAUAAUAGACGAACCUAACGAUGGCGAUGAUCGGGAGUCGUCCUACAAGAAGAAAAAGAAGGCCAAAGAUAAAGCAUUAAGUGGCAGUUCUCACAAUUGGAACAGUUUAUUUAUCGCUGCCAAUGCAGUAGCAGACGCCAUUGCUGAUAAGUUCGACACGUUGAAAAGUGAUGUCCUAGAUGCAGAAGGAACCAACAGUUUAGCCGUAAGAAUGGCACUGGGGGAAACUCAAAUUGUGUCGGAAACCAGGCAGUUUUUAUUGGACAAUGGCGUCAGCCUAGACUCAUUCAGUCAGGCAGCUGCGCCUCGAAGUUCCACUGUGAUACUUGUAAAAAAUCUACCAGCUGCAACGUUACCCGAAGAGCUGCGGCAUGUGUUUUCAAAAUUUGGUGAACUGGGACGUAUACUCCUACCGCCUGCUGGCGUAACGGGAAUUGUUGAAUUUCUAGAAACGAAUGAAGCUAAGCUGGCAUUCAGAAAGUUAGCAUACACAAAGUUUCAGCAUGUACCUCUCUAUCUAGAGUGGGCUCCGGUAGGUAUCUUCACGACACCAGCUGAAAAGAAAGAAGGAAUCAAAGAUGAACUGAUGGCAUCUGAUAAAGAACAGAGCACAACGGAAGGGAAAAAAGAGGAUGUUACAGAGCAGGAAGAUGAAGAGUCGUCAUCAGAAGAUGAAAUUGAAGAAGGAUGUACAUUGUUUGUAAAGAAUCUUAAUUUUGAGACAACAGAAACGGGAGUAAUUGAAAAAUUUUCAGUUUGUGGUCCAGUAAAACAUGUGUCAAUUUCGAAGAAAAAAGACAUGAAGCAACCGGGCAAGUUUUUAUCAAUGGGAUAUGGUUUUGUUGAGUAUAAGAACCGAGAAAGUGCCAAUAAGGCACUGAAAGUACUACAACACUGUAUGCUGGAUGACCACCAAGUUGAAUUGAAGAUGUCAAACAGAGCAACAGUACAACCAAAGCCAACGAGUACAAGGAAGAAACAAGUCACCAAAAAACAGAAAUCCACUAAAAUAUUAGUUCGAAACUUGCCAUUUGAAGCGACCAGAAGAGAAAUACAAGAACUUUUCAGUACAUUUGGCGAGAUUAAAUCCAUCCGUAUUCCAAAGAAAGCAUCUGGUACACACAGAGGAUUUGGGUUUGUUGAUUUCCUUACAAAGCAAGAUGCCAAGAGGGCGUUUAGUGCUCUUUGCCACAGUACUCAUCUUUACGGAAGGAGGCUCGUCUUGGAGUGGGCCGAUACUGACUCCGACUCUGUGGACGCACUAAGAAAGAAAACAGCAGCACAUUUUCAUGAUGAUUUACCGAAUAAAAGACUCAAGAAAUCCAGUGUGAUGGAGGAUUUACUGAAGACAAGUGAAGUCACAGAGGACAGCUAACAAAACGAGGUAAUGAGUGAAUGAAUUUUUUGCAGAAGUAUUACCCCCGGUAUCAAAGGCGGAGCUGCGUCAUGAGAAGUUCUACGUUGUUAAGACGCACACCACUGUACCAUGUAAUUCUAUGGGCUCUGCGCGCGCUGCUGU